AUGUUUGAUAUUCAUGAUGAUAAUACCAAUGAGUAUUUUAAUUCUCGGUAUAGAACACAAUCAACUUCACAUCUUAUUUCACCUGAUCUUGCUUGUGCUAAACCAAUGUCACCACAACAAGAUCGAUCUCCAACAUUAUCAUCCAAAUCAUCUUUUGGUACAUCGAGCACUUCAAAAAUAAAUUCAUCUUCAUUUCUUAAAAUUUCUUCACCAAAUCAUAAAAUAAACAAUUCACCAUCUCCUGAAGAUCGUUUUGUUAUGACAAUUAUUAGAAGUCCAUCAACUAGUUCUCAACGUAUUCUAUCAACAGAACCUUCAGGACCCACAAUUACAAAUGAAGAAUUAUCAAAUAAUAAUAAAUUUUUUAAAAGUAAAGUGACAGCAGCACUUAAUCAUAUGAAAUAUCGUUGGGUUGUUAAAAUGCGACCAAAUUUUCGUACAAAUGAUUCACCAAUAUAUUUACUUGAGACAACAUAUGAUGAUACACCUCGUCCACAAUCUGAACAAUCUUCUGCAAAUUUUUUAAAAUUAUUUUCACAACGAAUUUAUUUUUCAUAUCGAAAACAAUUUGAACCGUUAGCUGGUUCACGUAAUGGAGAUAUAAUUACUUCAGAUGGUGGUUGGGGUUGUAUGAUACGUUGUGCUCAAAUGUUACUUGCUCAAACAUUCCUUAUACAUAUGACAAAUACAAUUAAUACACAUUAUUCAAAUAUUCAAGUAUCAGAUAAAUGUCCAAAACGAAAUUCAAUUGAUUGUAUUCGAAAUGGAAAUCGAAUAAAUCGUCGUACAAAAAUUUAUACUGAUAUUAUUCGAUUAUUUGGUGAUUUUCCAAAUUUUCAAUGUCCAUUUGGAAUUCAUAAAUUUGUUGAACUUGGUGCAUCAUAUGGUAUCCGUCCGGGUGAUUUUUUUGGACCUGUAAGUGCUGCUCAUUGUUUAAAAAAAGCUAUUCAAGUUGCUGUUCAAGCAAAACAAAUACCUGAAGUACUUCGUGUUUAUAUUAGUCAAGAUGCUAUUAUCUAUCGACAAGAUGUUAAUGAUUUAUGUAGUGCACCAUUAUUAGAUCAUAAUUCAAAUGUAAAUAAAAAACCUUCACUUUAUCCAUCAUUAGAUUCAGUUACAAUAGAAAAUAGUUCUACACGUUGGUCAACAUCAGUAUUAAUUCUUGUACCAUUAAGAUUAGGUUUAAAUGAACUUGAUUUAAUCUAUGAAGAUUAUUUAAAAGCAGCUCUUAAAUUAUCACAAACAGUUGGAAUUAUUGGUGGUAGUCCACGUCAUGCUGUUUAUAUAAUUGGUUUUCAAGAUGAUAAUUUUAUUAAUCUUGAUCCACAUUUUAUACAAACAACGGUAAAUGUACUUGAAAAUACAUUUGAUACAUCGAGUUAUUCAUGUUCAGCACCAAAAAUAUUAACUGCAAAAAAAAUGGAUCCUAAUUGUACAUUAGGAUUCUAUUGUCGAGAUAAAGCUGAUUUUGAAAUGUUUUGUGCACAAUGGAAUCACGUAUGCCAUAUGGCGUCUGAUGAUCGACGUACAUGUCCAAUAUUUCGUAUAGAACGUGGAACAUUUCAAGAAAGUCAUACACGUACAUUAAAUUGUGAUUAUCCAACAUUAAAUGACGACGAAGAUGUUUUUCUUCGUGUAACUAAAUUAUCAUCGGCAAAUAGUUCACCAUUAUCAUUAGCAAAAAAAGUUACUAAUAAUGGAAAAAAUUUACUUACUAAUUCAACAAUAAGUAAUAGUACACAUCGUGAUUCAUGGGAUGAUGCUGGUCGAUCAUUGCAUGAGAAUACCAAUGACCCAAUACAUUCACUUUCCGAUGAUUAUGUUUUUCUAUAA